CUGCAGUUGCUUGUUGCUCGCUCUCUCGUUGGCUCCCUCUCUCAAUGAGCGCUGGUUGGGGCAAUGGCAAUUGUGGCUGCUGCUCAGCUUGGCGUUUUCAUUCAAUCAGCUGAGUUCGCCGCGUUCGGUUUUCCCGCUGCCGAUUCUGUUCACCGUUACACCGAUCGAAUAUUACGCGUCUUGCGUCUGUAAAGGAACUGAAACGCACCAGUUUUUGAGUUGGAAAAUAUCCCCAAAACAACAAGACUCGGCGAGAACGGAAAAUUUGUUUGCUGCUUGUCACCUUCGAAAGUUAUGUGUUCUGGCCUUUACCACUACUGAAAUUUCUAGAGCGUUUCGGUCAGGGCCUACCUAGCUGAAUCCAAAAAAAGGCAAGAAAGCUACAGGGCAGCCACCAGAAAGGAGCUGCCAACUUGCAUAUUACGCUUGUGCGUUUCGUUCGUUCCACGCUUGUGACCCGUAGCCCACGUCCACUUUUGUGGCGUGUGCAAUCCAAAAGCCGCCAAGACGACUUACUCGAUAAUGAAGAUGAGCUCGCCCAGGAUCAUGCAGCAGAAACGGAGCAGCAAGUCCUCCAAUUCGUCGCGGGUCUCCAUGACCACCUCGACGGCGGAGGAGAAUCUCAUAGAAUCGAAGCUCUUCAGCUGGAUGCGUCUAUUCCGAUUCGCCUCGCUGCUCUGCCGCGCCGAGUAACGGAGUUAGUCCAUAAGAUCGAAAUACCCUCGAUAUCCUGUCCUCCUCCCAAGUGAAAAGAAACCACAAAUUUUAAGAUAUGUAAAUGCAUAUGUCAGAUACUCGAACUAGUUGCCGCUUUUCAGUCAAGUUUUCCUAUAUAUAAUGAGACACCAACAGAAACACCAAACUAAUGUCACCCAAACUUUUCCAGCAAUGUAGAGAAUAAGCAUUACAAAAUGAGUAAACAGAAAUACCAUGUUAAGUUUAAGCUGAAAAGCUGGGAAUGUCAAACCCUUGGAGUCCAAUAUUUAAUUUACUGUCCUUUUUUGGGAAAUCGAAAACCAUUUCGUUCAGUUAGCUCUUCACAAUUAAGUCAAUUUUUAGUGUAAAUUCCGUUGAAACGGAAUUUCUCGCGCCUUUCGUACCUUUUGUAUUGUAAUAAGUCAAAAAGAAGAUAAGACACAUACAAAUUGCAAACUACAAGCAAAUAAAUAUUAAAUCAUAAUCCACUUAUUGCGUUUAUUCGGGUUUAUUAGUGCUUAAGUUUCGAGAACAGCCGACUACAACACGAGGUAUAUAUAUUUUUGUAAUUACAACACUGUUUUGCGUGUCACAAAAUGGAAAUACACACGAGUAGGAGGAACAUCAAGAGAAUCGUUUAUGCAAGGCUAUUAACUAGAUAAAUACAUAUAUUAACUAAAGAAGCGAACAAAAAUGCAGUACUAACAAUUACAAUACAAUGUAUACAUGUAGAGGAAUAUAUUUACACAUCAAACUCGAAUCGGAGUCUAUGCAAAUGCGCUUAUCCAAUAAAGAUUAACACAAAUUCACAAUAGUUAUCCAAGCCCAGCAAUAUGAGAAGUGCAUUUAACCCAAAGAAGUUGCCAAACGACAGCAAUUGUUUUUAAUACAUUAGCAAUGCAAAAACACAAUAGUGAAACAAUUAUCUUUAUUUCUGUAAAACCUCAGAACGUACUAUAAAUCAAUGAAAUAACUACGACAACAAAGAACAAAUACAGUUAUCAGAGAUUUUCCAAAUUCAAUUUUACUUAUUAAUUAGUUAGUAAGCCAAAAUGCAACCGUGCAACUUGAACAUAACGGUACUAACGGUAAUAUCGGUAGUAGCGGUAAAUGCCAAUACAAAGAGAAAACUGUACUAGAACAUAGCAAUAUCACUGCAGCAGAUGUUUGUUGAGAAAAAUGCAAUAAAUCGAUAUCGGUCAAUAAAUAAAGUCUUUAAGCUGUUGAGUGUUC